AUGAAAGAAAACACCACAUUCAUCACAACCGCUGACUCGCACUUCCACACGGCCUCCCCAUCCGCGGCUGCAGCCUUAGCAACAAGCCGGGUUCGCGCUGUCAUUGGCGGCUUCUCUUCCAACAUCACCCCCCUCUCUCUCCUCUCUCUCCUCUCUCCUCGCCCCGCCCGAGGAGAGCCGUCUCUGCAGCGGAUCCAGAGCGGCGCAGGCCCCCGGUGGCUGGAUGGUUUAUUUGGAGUCAUUCUUCUGCAGACUACGCCAACAACACAGAGGAGCAGAAUGUUGACCAGCAUCACCGAGAGCAUCCUGUGCUGUUUGACCGGGAAGAGUGAGGGCCUGGUUCUGCCGCUGGAGUCCUCCCAACCUUCAGACGGCUACGAAUUUGUGGAAGUCAAACCAGGCCGAGUCUUACGAGUCCGCCACAUCGUCCCGGAACGCCACCCGGUAUCCCCCGACGACAAGAGCGAAUCCAAACCCACCGACUCCAAAGACGACGACCGCUCUGUCCACUGCAAGCGGAAAAUCACCGUGUACCGCGACGGCCAGCUCGUCAUCGAGAACCUGGGCGACGUCCUGCACUCGGAGAUCCUUCAAUGCCAAGACGGAGACCUGGAACCCUGCAGCACGGUGGAGGUGGAGCUAGCCGACUACAAAGAAAUGCCCUCGUCUCCGGACCCUAACCCCGCCCCGCCUCAAGUCACCGGCGAGUCCAAACCCGCGGCACCACCCAGGAGGCGCAGGCGCAAACCCAAACGCACCGUCUCCAUCGACUCGCGCAGGACCAUCUCCAGCUGCAAGGGGACGCACUCAGACGUGGCGCUGUUUUUCGUGCACGGGGUGGGAGGGUCCUCGGACAUUUGGAAGAGCCAGCUGGACUUCUUCUCGCGGUUGGGCUACGAAGUGGUGGCCCCGGACCUGGCGGGACAUGGGGCCAGCCGAGCGCCGCAGAUCGCAGCCGCCUACACCUUCUACGCGCUGGCGGAGGACCUCAGGGCGAUCUUCAAGAGAUACGCCCGAAAACGCAACAUCCUCAUCGGGCAUUCGUACGGAGUGUCCUUCUGCACCUUCCUGGCUCACGAGUACCCGGAUCUGGUCCAUAAGGUGGUGAUGAUAAACGGAGGAGGUCCCACUGCCCUGGAGCCCUCUCUCUGCUCCAUCUUCCAGCUGCCGUCCUGUGUCCUGCACUGCCUCUCGCCCUGCUUGGCCUGGAGCUUCCUCAAGGCUGGCUUUGCUCGACAAGGCGCCAAAGAGAAGCAGUUGCUGAAGCAGGGGAACGCCUUCAACGUGUCUCCGUUCGUGCUGAGGGCCAUGAUGAGCGGGCAGUACUGGCCCGAGGGGGACGAGGUGUACCACGCCGAGCUCACCUCGCCCAUCCUGCUGGUGCACGGCCUGUGUGACAAGUUUGUGCCCAUGGAGGAGGACCAGCGCAUGGCCGAGAUCCUGCUCUUCGCCUUCCUCAAAGUGAUCGAGGAGGGCAGCCACAUGGUCAUGAUGGAGUGCCCCGACACCGUCAACACGCUGCUGCACGAGUUCUUCCUGUGGGAACCAGACCAGACCAGCAAGAACCAGUCCAACAAGAACCAGUCCAGCAAGCCCCAGACCACCACCAGUACGACCACAGAGAAAACCCUGACCUUAAGCAGCACUUUCCAGACGCUCAGAAUCUCAAAGUCCGGAGACAAAUAA